AACUUUUUAGAGCCAUCGUUACACAAUACGGCUGCUAACAGCUUACCUACUGUCUCUCACCAAAUUCAGCCAACGAACCAUCCAAAAACCAGCCUCUCCUCUCUGACGGACUCUCCGAGGCCGUCUCUCUCUCUCUCUCUCCCCUUAAUACUCCAUCUGCGAUCUUCGGAUUUCUCAGAUCUCAGCCUCCAGACCUCGAAGAUGUUGCAGAGUUCAGCCUUCGCUCUCUCUGCUCAAUCUCUGCUUCCAUUGAAGCCUUGGAGAGCGUCGAACCCCAGCUUCGAUCCGAUACGCCUCUCUUCUUCUUCUGCCGCUUCGCCAAAGCGUCGCGAUCUCAACAAUGUCACGGUCUCUGCGCCGUUCAAGCUCAGGCCGUGGAGCUCCGUGCCUCUUGCGACCUCCGGCGACGAGGCGAAUCGCUUUGAGGCUAGGGCGACUUCGGUGCCGGAGAGCGCCGGCGAGGGCGUCGAGUCCAGCAGGUUGGGGAAGACGCUCGUGCUUGGUUUGUUGUUCGGCCUCUGGUACCUCUUCAACAUCUACUUCAAUAUCUAUAACAAGCAGGUCUUGAAGGUGUACCAGUUCCCAGUAACCGUCACUUUAGUUCAAUUUGCCGUUGGUACUGUUCUCGUCCUUCUAAUGUGGGGUUUAAAUCUCUACAAAAAACCGAAAGUUAGUGGUGCGCAGCUCUUAGCAAUUUUACCCCUGGCCUUGGUCCACACUUUGGGGAACCUAUUUACUAACAUGAGUCUUGGUAAAGUCGCUGUGUCAUUCACUCAUACAAUCAAAGCUUUGGAGCCGUUCUUCUCAGUUGUCCUCUCCGCUAUGUUCCUUGGGGAGUUGCCUACUCUUUGGGUGGUUGCUUCCUUGGUACCGAUUGUUGGUGGAGUGGCAUUGGCUUCGGUCACUGAGGCCUCUUUUAAUUGGGCUGGAUUUUGGAGUGCAAUGGCUUCCAAUGUGUCAAAUCAGUCUCGUAAUGUCCUUAGCAAGAAGGUCAUGGUUAAUAAAGAGGAGGCCAUUGACAACGUUACUCUCUUCUCAAUAAUUACUGUUAUGUCGUUUCUCCUGUUAGCCCCUGUGACUUUAUUCAUGGAUGGUGUCAAGUUUACACCAGCUUACAUACAAUCUGCUGGAUUGAACGUUCAGCAAAUAUACUUGAGAUCGCUUGUUGCUGCUCUCUGCUUCCAUGCUUAUCAGCAGGUAUCAUAUAUGAUUUUGGCGAGGGUAUCACCUGUUACUCACUCUGUAGGCAACUGUGUGAAGCGGGUGGUGGUCAUCGUGAGCUCUGUGAUUUUCUUCCAAACAACCGUUACCCUCAUCAACUCCCUUGGAACUGGGAUGGCGCUUGCCGGAGUUUUUCUCUACUCGAGGGUGAAGGGUAUUAAGCCAAAGGCGAAGACCGCUUGAAAGCCAAGCCUUAAGAAGCAAUUUUGCUGCAGAAAGUUGUUAGAUGAAGAAAUUCUAGAAUCUAGAUCGAUGCGUUCAAUAUAUUGUUUGUAGAUCAGGCAAGGGAACUGAGUUGUUUGGUUUACCUUCUUGCCUUUUUGUUGUUAUUGUUUUUGUUCUCUUACUGCUUAUCCAGCGGGACAUUUUAUUCUUUUGAUGACUGGGGAGUCAACAUACGGAAGAAUUUUGUGCUCUACUUUCUAGCUGCGUAAAAGCCCGCUUCUCUGGUUCAUCAUUCGAAUGUAAUAUGUAGUCUAAUUCCCAAAA